AUGUUAUGGAGGAAACAGUUUCUUGGCGAAGACACUCCACGACAACUUCUAGAUACACUCGUGUACUUGAUCGGACUGAAUUUUGCGCUAAGGGCGGGAGAUGAACAUAGGUUUCUACGUGUUGGUUCAGCAUCCCAGUUUGAGCUCUUGGUAGGUUCCAGUGGUGAAAAAUCCUUGAAAUACACAGAAGACAUUUCGAAAACUAAUCAAGGAAGCUUGAAACAUCGGAAAUUGGAGAGGAAAAGUGGUACCGUUAGUGAAAACCAUGACUUCCCUGAGAGAUGUCUUGUCAGGCUAUUUGAAAAAUACAUUUCAUUGAAGCUUAAGAAUGGAAAAUGUGAUUCAUUUUAUCUACGACCACUUACAUUUUUAACAUCAGACUGCUGUUAUGCAGAUGUUCCUGUUGGUAUUCAUCCAUUAUGUUCAACCACUGGACGACUCUGCAAGGCGGCGGGUUUCACUGGCUACUACACCAACCACUCCCUCCGGGCUACUACUGCAACGAGAUUGUAUGAGUCUGGUAUCGAUGAGCAACUGAUAGCCGAGAGAACGGGACACAAGUCCGUGGCCAUUCGGGCAUACAAGAGAACAUCAGGAAAGAUGGCGUCAACUGUUGACAACAUCAUUCAGAGAAAAUCCUCAAGGAUACUGGACACUAAGGGCAAGGCCUCGGCAACACCUCUGAUUUCCCAUGAUGUCGAAGAGAAAGCUAAACAACGUGACCUUUGUCUAAAACUCGGCGACGGCACUACUUUUUCUAUGAAAUUCUAA